AUGGCGGGGCUCCGCUCGCUGGGGGUGAGCCUCUUCUCGGACCAGGGAGGUAGGAAAUACAUGGAGGACGUGACCCAGGUCGUGCUGGAGCCGGAGGAGGACGACGAGGAGGAGGAGGAGGAGGAGGGCGAGGAGGAGGAGAAGAAGGAGGAAGGCGCCGGGAGAGGAGCAGCAGCAGCAGCCCCGGGCCGAGCCGGGUCGCCAAGCGAGCCCUCCCCGACUCCCGGGGCGCCCGUGCCGGCGUCGUCGUCGUCGUCGGGGGCCUCGGUGGCUUUCCUGGCCGUGUGCGACGGGCACGGCGGGAGGGAAGCGGCCGACUUCGCCCGGGAGAACCUCUGGGCGUUCAUCAAGAAGCAGAAGGGCUUCCGCUCCGACGAGCCGGCCGCCGUCUGCGCCGCGCUGCGCAAGGGCUUCCUCGCCUGCCACCGCGCCAUGUGGAAGAAGCUGCCAGAAUGGCCCAAAACUAUGACGGGUCUCCCAAGCACGUCAGGCACGACAGCCAGCGUGGUCAUCAUCCGUGGCUCAAAGAUGUACGUGGCUCACGUUGGCGACUCCGGUGUAGUUAUUGGAGUCCAGGAUGACCCCAAGGACGACUAUAUCCGGGCCGUGGAGGUGACGCAGGAUCACAAACCGGAGCUACCGAAGGAGAGGCAGCGGAUCGAAGGCCUCGGGGGAAGUGUGAUCAAUAAAUCCGGUGUGAAUCGGGUGGUCUGGAAACGGCCUCGUCUCAGUCACAACGGCCCCGUGCGACGGAGCACCGUGAUCGACCAGAUUCCCUUCUUGGCGGUGGCCCGCGCCCUUGGCGACCUGUGGAGUUAUGACUUCUACAGCGGGCAAUUCGUGGUGUCCCCAGAGCCGGACACGAGUGUACACACGCUAGAUCCUCAGAAGCAUAAAUACAUAAUUUUGGGGAGCGAUGGACUGUGGAACAUGAUCCCCGCCCAGGAGGCUAUUUCCAUGUGCCAGGACCACGAAGAGAAAAAGUAUUUUAUGGGAGAACAUCAACAGUCCUUAGCUAAAAUGCUGGUCAACCGAGCGCUGGCCCGGUGGAAGCAGCGCAUGCUUCGUGCCGAUAACACCAGCGCCAUUGUCAUCAGCAUAUAUUCUGGCCGGAGGUCUUGGAGUGGCUGUCUGCAAAGCGAGGAGGAACUAUGCUUCAACUUGGCCGAAGGACCUUCGUAUAACAGCCCUGAAACAUGGACGAUCAACCCUUCCCAAUGCUCAACUCCACCAGCCAAGGUCGUAGAAGAUGAUGUGUGGCCCCGGUUUAGUUCCUCGGAAGGCCUCCCUUUAUUCUCCUGUAGCAAUGCCACCGUGUCGGGCAGACUUCCGGAGCAACUCGACGAGCUGACGAAGGACAACGAUGGUUUAGACGCAGCUUGCUCGAGAGAGGUAGUGCCGCUGGACGAGAAGGGCAGCAACGCGCCUGGACUGUGGGCACAUGACUCGUACGGUCAAAACCCACCGGGGACUCUGUCUCCCUCCAACGCCAGGAAUGUGGGUCCAGACCCCAAAUCGGUCAAGGUCUCCCCGAGUGAUGCGCCCAAAGUACAGGAACCAGAGAGGACUCCACCGGUGGCCAGCUUCAAAAGGACAUUGGAAGAAUCCAACUCGGGGCCUCUGGUAAAGAAACCUAAACGCGGCCUGGCCCGAAACCUUGGGGGGCAGCCCGAAAGCCUCUCUUCCACCUCCCAGCAUAAAAACACCAACAGGCUGGCCAUCCGCCGAAGCGUACGUGGACAGAAAAAGUUGGGGAGCCCCUUAUUCCAUCAACCUAGGAAAGCUCUGUGUGUUUGCUGAAGCUUCUCUCUCUCUCGUCCAGAAUUCCACCCACAUCUGGAGAUUUGCAGAUUAAUUUGAAGCUGCGAUUCUGUUCUCUACUCACAAUUUUUUUUUAAACACCCCCUCCCCAUCAUUAUUAUUUUUUAAUGUCGAAGAAGGUGGGUGAAUUCAGACAGCUUUAUCCCAACCUUUGAAAACCCCCCCCCUUGUAAUAUAACUUUGUAGACUUUCUUAGGAGAUUAAAGAGGUUGCUGUAAAAUAUAUAUACACACAUAUAUAUAUAUGCGUAAAUUUAUAUCCCUUCAUACAACUUGUAGUCUCCUUCUCUGGGUUCUUGCAUUUAUUGUUACAACAAAGGUAAAAAUAACAAAACAAUAUAAAACUUGUGUUUGGAUGCUGGGUUGUUGUUGUUGUUUUUAAAUGGUUGGGGAGGAGGUUAAUUUAGUACAAAGUAAAUGAAUUUGUAAAAACUUUCUGUGAUGACCUUACAGCUUUUUAACGAAAGUAAAUUAUUAAACAGAACGGAAGAUAACGUAUUUUCGUAGUCCUUAAUAAAAUUUUGCCUGGAAUGUGCCCUAUUAGAGAAUAUAAUAGAAGGUCUAUAUUCUUCCUUUUUAUUAACUUUUAGAUUUCUCUAUUCAGAAUGAAAUGUACGCUGAAAAGAUGUUGAGCCUUUAUAACCGUUUUAUGCUGGGUUCUGUGUUUUAAUUAAUUAAGAUGCUAUGCCGUACUUAGGUCUAGCUGUAUUUGCAUUUGGUUUUUGACCGUUUGUUUGUUUGUUAAGACAAAGGGCCAGUAUUUUAGCUAAAAAAAAGUUUUUCUCCAUCACUUGGGCUCCCAAUUUCUGGGGGCUGCUUUUUGAAGUUCUCUUUUGGUGAUAUACUUGGAAUUAUGAUAUACCUUCCUUUAUGGACGCAUGAGACAUUUUACUAUUCCAACCAUUGAUGGCAUAUUUAACGUUUUUAAGUUAUUGGGAUAGUUUUCUAGUUUUUCUUUGCAUAUGUUGUCGUUGUAUACCUACAAUAAAAUAAAAUGGC